AUGAUGAGUGACUCUCUCAAGCGAAAACGACCGCCGACUUUUCAACAUUAUCCGGUCAACAGAGCAAAGCAAUUGAAGAAAAAUUGGGUCGAAAAUGUAAAAAUUAAAAGCAAAUGGAAGGCGGAGAAACGCAAGGAUGGCAUCACCACAGAUGUCCGAGGAGAAGAACCGACUGACUCAGAGCGUGAUGAGGAGGAGGAAAAAUCCGAAAGCCCACCGUCGGAGGCACCCCAAAUCCAUAAAUCGAGACCAAAUUUAAAAAGCAGCAAGGAACAGGAAGCCGUCACGGAACCCCCAGCCGUAUCUUUGCGCGAACUUACACGCGAAGCGUAUUCGCGCAGUUCAUUGCACACUUUUAAAGCCGACCCUUUAAAACGGCGGCGAGGUGCACCCGAUCGGGGCAGAGGUGGGACAAGAGGACGAGGGAGUGACCAAAGAAGAGGUGGACAAGGACAGCCCAAUAUGAAGCUACGUAUGAACGCCAUGCUCGAAAAAAUCAAACAAGACUACGCUUCCUGA